AUGGAAGUAGAAAAAAAUGCCGCCCUUCCUUUCUUGGAUGUUUUGGUUGAGAGGAAACCAGAUGGCACUUUAGGAUAUCUAGUAUAUAGGAAGCCAACUCACACAAACAGAUAUCUGAAUGCGGAGUCCCACCACCACCCAGUCCAGAAACAGGGGAUCAUAAAUACCUUGACUCAUCGAGCGCGGAUCAUCAGCGAGCCAAGACACUUGGUCGAGGAACUAGAACACCUACGCACGGCCCUGAGAGCUAAUAUCGAACGAGCUAUCAGAGGGAGACAUACGCCCAUGGAGAAACGGAAUAUCAACACAGUAUUCAGCACUGUAAAGAAGGUGGGGGCAGCAUUUUCAAAGACUUGCAACAACGACCAGCUCCAGGGCUCCGGUGUAUACAGUAUUCCUUGCUCUUGCGAGAAGGUCUACAUAGGACAAACAGGAAGGCACAUCAACACGAGAUUAAAGGAACACAAAAGUCACCUCAAAAAUAACAACUGGAAAAAAUCGGCAGUAGCAGAGCAUAGAGCAGACGCGGGACACACAGUGGAUCUGAGUGAAGCCAACAUGGUGGUGAGUGAGAGAAGAUUUUAG